AUAGAAAGUAGCCCCUCUGCCCUCCCAUUCAUCCUCGAUCGCGUUGCCAAUGGAAAACGGGGGAAAACCCUAAAGAGAUAUAAGUAGCGAUCUCUCCUCAUUGUGCUUUUUCCAGAUAGGCGAACCAGACGAGGCGCCCAUGCGCAAAUCGGUGCAUUAAUUCAGCAAGAAGGAAAAGGCCCCGGAAGUAAUCAUCGUAUAUAUCCCCCCUUUCUCCCCUCCUAAUUUCUUAAUCUGUUUCAUUACCUAUAUCCAUGUAUCGGAAUCAUUUCGGUUUGUUUUGGACAUCAUUGACAUCGUUUAUAUUCGGAGAUGUUGCCAAUCUUGACACCAUUUCGACGCAAGACCAAGAAGAGAUGGUUGACAUUAUUCAAUGGCUCACGGUACUUCAAGCUUAUGACAAAUACAGUUUGGUUUGCAACAAGCCCAUCACUGCUGGGGUGUUCUCGAAAUUACCAAGCUUUUAGCUACCAACGAUCACCAACGACUCUUGUUGAAACCGUUAUCGAAGUUUAUCGAAAAAUACAACACGCUCGAAAUCAUUGUCAAGCUCGUCAUCACUUAGACAUCUGCGACCAUUUUUGUUACCGGACAUCUUAGUUCAGGAAUCGGUUAUGACGAGGUUAAUGAAUCUUAGUUGUAAUGUACAUCUGGUCGUCUUCGUCGUCAUUGUUGGCAUCAUAACCGAUGUGGUGACUUGUGAUUUCAUUGAUGAUCUUCAUCUGUCCUCGUUACGAGUACGGCGAGGUCCCCCAGAUUGUUCAAGAUGCAGAACAGAAUUAUGCCGAAUGUACUGUGGAACGCCGGGUGGGAGAAAACGUUCAAUUAGUGAUUCACAGGUCAUCAGAAAAAAGUUCCCAAUCAGGAGAAGAAUCUCUCUUUUUGAUUCUCGUUUGGAUCGCCUCUCCACAGAAAGAAAACAAAGUUUUAUGAAGGCAUUAGUUGCAAAACUACGCAAACAUGAAACAUCGGAGAAAGAUCACCAGCUUUUAGAAAAUCGACUUUUCAGCAAAAAAUCAUGAUUCAUUCGAACAAUCGAAAUCCUUGAUCAGUACUAAAACGACACCAACGACUACGAUUAACUGAUUUUUCUAUAUAUUUUUAACAUCCAAUUCGUAAACGUUUCUUGCUGAAUAAUACUAGGCCUAAUAAUUUGAAUAAAAAGCGUGAACGAACCAAACACUGAAAGUUGCAUCGAAAUCGAAUGCAAACAAAGUUGUCUUACGAACUUAUUAAUAUUUCGGUGAAUCGGCAAUAUGCCGUCAUCAUGAAUAUGCAAUGAGCAGGGGCGGAAAUCUCUCCCAAAAGGUAGGGGGGACA